UUGACGUGUCGUUGCUCUUCGGCGCGGUCACAAACACCGGCCUGCCGACGUGGCGGGGCGGAAGAGGAGCCGCUGUCUGACACUGAACGGAUCACCAUGUCCCAGGCUGCCCCCUCUGCCGCAGACCCCUCUGCUGACACAUCUCCACCCACCGAACCUCCUCAGACUGACCCCGGCUCCUGUCAGGAUGUUCUGGAAGCCCUUGCACCGCCCUCGGCUGCUUUGCAGCCACCUUUGAUCCCGGAGAGCGUCCUCCCACAGUCCACUGAAGAGACGACUACAGAGGACACCACCGGCACCGCUGAGACUUCAGAGGGUCCGACUGAUCAGCCGAAACCUCCUGCUGAGGGUCAGGUGAUCGUAUGUGACCAACCGGUGAGCCUGGAGCCGGAGCCUGCAGAGGAGGAUGAGGAGAGGUCACUCCAGGAGAAAGAAAAAGGUUGGGGAGGUUGGAGUUCAUGGGGAAAAUCUCUCCUGAGCAGCGCCACCUCCACAGUGGGUCAGAGCCUGACCUCGGUUAAGACGAAGGCUGGAGAGGCUCUGCGUCUCCACAGGACCUCGGUUGGAGAGGAGGCGCGAGAGGAGGAGGAGCGGGAGGAGGGGGGAGCAGAGGAGAAGAGAGAGGGAGGAGGUGGAGAAGGAGGGAGUGAAAGUGGAGAGACUGACCUGUCCAGCUCUGGGGAGUCGACUGCGAGUCAUGCAGCUUCUGGCAGAGGCGUUUUCUCAACGAUCACACAUGCUGUGCAGAACACAGGUAAGUCUGUAAUCAGUGGAGGUUUGGAUGCCUUAGAGUUCAUCGGAAAGAAGACCAUGACUGUUCUUGCCGAGAGUGACCCCGGUUUCAAAAAGACCAAGACCCUGAUGCAGAAGACUGCAUCCCUGAGUCAGAUGUUGAAAGAAGCCAAAGAGAAAGAGCGAGCUCGUCUGGGCAACCAGCCAAUCAGCGCACCCACAGCUCAUUAUGGUAUUCUGUUUGACGACUACCAGGGUUUGUCACACCUCGAGGCCCUGGAGAUCCUGUCCAAUGAGAGCGAGGUCAAGGUCCAGGCCUUCCUCUCCUCCCUGAUGGAAGAGGAGCAGGAGGAGGUGAAGAAGGAGCUGAUUUUCAUCAAGGACAUCUUCAUCAAGCGAGGGGAAGAGGAGAAGGAGGGAGAAGAGGAAGAGGAGAAAGAAGAAGAAGGACAGACGAAGGAUAACGCGGCCGACGGCGAGGAGUUUGUGAGCGUUCUCACCGAGCUCCUGUUCGAGCUCCACGUCGCCGCGACACCAGACAAACUCAACAAGGCUCAGAUGAGAGCCCAUGAUUGGGUGAGCGAGGUGGAACAGCCUGUCACUACGGAGACGGUUGGCAGGGAAACGCAGGACCAGCCAGGAGGAGAGGCCUCACCUGGAGAGAAGGAGAAGGAGGAGAGGAAGAAGGGAGACGAGGAGGAGCAGGGGGAGACGAAGAGCGAGGGCGAGGAGGUGAAGGGAGAAGAGGAGAAGAAGGAGAAGGACCCGAGAUCUCUGGAGGCUGUCUACCUGUCAUCCGUUGGCAGUCUGGCUGAAGUGACGGCUCGCAGUAUCGAGCAGCUCCACAAGGUGGCAGAGCUCAUUCUCCACGGCCAGGACCUGGAGAAACCAGCCAGAGACCAGGCGCACAUCCUCACCAGGUUGACGUGUGCCAUGUGUAAGGAGGUGGAGUGUCUGGCCAAGAAGUUCUCCGAUAUGCUGCUUCUUGUUGGGGGCCGGAGGAAAGCUGAGGAGUUGAAUCCACUGGUAGACAGCGUGCUGACAGAGGGCUCCAACAGUACCAACUAUAUCCAGAAUGCAUUCCAGCUGCUGCUGCCCGUCCUGCAGAUCUCCCACAUCCAGAGCCAGCACUGUCGGUCCACCACAGAACCAGCAGCCCAGACACAACAAUAACACACAAACACACACACACGCUACAUGCUCACCCGCUUGUCUUAAUGUAUCUAUUGUUGUACAGUAAAGUAUAGAGAAUAGAUUAUUCCAGAUUAAGUGCUUAGAUCUACAUUAAGUGCCAUAGCAACAGGGAGAAGAUGUUUUAUAUAUGCAUAAUAUAAUCUUGAAGAUAACAGUUUAACAAAUAGAUCCAUGUAGGAUUGACCCACAUGCAGGCUGCAUGUGUGUGCGUCUCUGAAUGUUAUUCUGAUUUAUUUUUUUUGCUUUGAGGAACCAAAAAAAUGUUCAGAGUCGAUUCGAGCUCAGAUCUGACAAAGAUGUUUCUCUGUCGUCUCCAAUAGCUGAACCAAAAAAACAGAAAAUACUGAUUGUGCUGAAGGGACUCUACAUUAAUGUAUAUUAAGCUUUCUUUGCACUCCUUACAGUCUGUUGUUAUUUCGAUAGAAAGAGCAUCGACUUAUCUUCGUGAAGUGUCUGUUCGACUGACGAUGUGUUCAUCUGGUUUGUCAGUAUUACUGAUUACACACAACACUUUUUAUUUGUUUUGUUUUUUUAUGUUAAAUUAUGUGAAGCAACACUACCUUUAUAUUUCACUCUCAUCCAGUUUCAAAAUCAGAUGUUCAUACUUUACACGAGAAAACAUUUAUUGUUCUCUUUAAUGUAGAUGAAAUCAUCUCUAAUUAUCUUUGGUUGUGCUGCUACACUUAAAAUAUAUAACUCAACAUUUUUUGGAGCUUUAUUACUUUAUGCCAAGAGUUGAAUAAGAAGAUUGAUGCCACUCUUAUAUCUGUAUUACAAAUAUGAAGUUUCAGCCAGCAGCUCUCCAAGACUAGAAGAGACUUAGUGGAAGACUGGCUUCGUCUUAAGGUAACAACAUUUGCCUACCAGCACACAAACUAAACCUAUUUUGUUCAAUUUCUACUUGUACAUGUAUGUAAGUGUAAAAGAAAAAGUGUUGCAAAUAGGGGAUCAUGUGCAGGAAGUGACUGUGGUGGGCCAACACAUCAUUUAAAAUGUCAAUAAAAAAUAAAUAACGACUGUACAACUACAA